UUGCCCAGACACACUCUUCCCCCCCUUUUUUCUACUUUCUCCGAUACUAUCAUCCAUUGUCAUUUACUUCCCCUUUUCUACUCAAUAAUUCCAUUCAGUUUGCCACUUUCUUCAGCGCUAGAGCAAGAGCUUGCGAGAAUUCAGACGCAGUGGAGAUAUUCAGGAGGAGAAGAGCCGCGAAUUGGAGCGAAAAUGGUUGACACUAUGCUGAAUUACGAGGAAGGAAGGUGCAACAAGUUGGGGUUUGAAGAGACGGAGCUGAGGCUGGGAUUGCCUGGUGCAGGAGAGAAGAGCAAUGCCAAUUACGGGAAGAGAGGGUAUGAGGAAACUGUGGAUUUGAAGCUGAAUCUCUCCACUAAGGAUGUGGGUAAUUUGGAUCAGAGUGAUUUGAAGGAGAAGACUUUGAGCAAGGAGAAGAAUCUUCUUCCUUGCCCUAAUGAUUCGGUUAAGCCGCCUGCUAAGGCACAGGUUGUGGGGUGGCCGCCGGUCCGGUCCUUCCGGAAAAAUGUUAUGGCGGUCCAGAAGGUUAGUGACUCGGAGGAGACCGAGAAGGGAAGUGGCGGCGCCGCUGCAUUUGUGAAGGUGAGCAUGGACGGCGCUCCCUACCUCCGCAAAGUUGACUUGAAGAUGUACAAGAGUUACCAAGAACUCUCCGAUGCCUUGGGCAAAAUGUUCAGUUCCUUCACCAUAGGUAAAUGUGACUCACAAGGAAUGAUGGAUUUCAUGAAUGAGAGCAAGCUCAUGGACCUUCUCAAUGGCUCUGAUUAUGUGCCAACUUAUGAGGACAAGGAUGGGGAUUGGAUGCUCGUCGGUGACGUCCCUUGGGAGAUGUUCGUCGAGUCAUGCAAGCGCCUACGCAUAAUGAAAGGAACAGAGGCAAAGGGACUUGCACCAAGAGCCAUGGAGAAAUGCAAGAGCAGAAGCUAAGGCAAUGAAGUAAAUUCGACCACAACCUGCUCCUUUGAUCUUAGUGAGGUUGUACGAAAGAAACGACAAUGGCACGAGAUGGAUCGAGCAGGAUGCUGGAUUGUGUCUGUACUAUCUUUAUAUGGUUGCUUUGCUCUCUUGUAAUAUUAAUAAGUAAUGUCAAGAAUUUUUAAGUGUCCUUUGUUACUAUUACGCUUGUGUCUUUCAGACUUCUUCUCGUGUAGUUUGUUUAGUAUAUUCUUAAUAAUGUGCCCCAAAUAAUGUCAAGAUACCCAUUGACUUGUAUAUUAAAGUAAUUUUGUGUGUGUUCCCUACUUAAAA